AUGUCUUUCUUGCCAAUGGCCCCUGCGCCCAAGAGCCCUCUGGGCCGCUAUCGCAUUCUCUCGCCCAGUGCUUCCAUUCGAGUCUCGCCUCUCUGCCUUGGUGCAAUGAACUUUGGAGAUGCCUGGAAGGAAUAUAUGGGUGCUUGCGAUCAGAAACAGACUGAGGAGAUCCUCGACUUCUUCCACUCGCAAGGCGGCAACUUUAUCGACACUGCGAAUAAUUACCAAUUCGAGGAGUCGGAGAAAUGGAUUGGCGAGUGGAUGAAGAAACGCGGCAACCGUGACCAAAUGGUCAUUGCCACCAAGUAUACUACAUGUUUCCGUUCUGGAACUGGUGAGAUUGCUGCCAACUUCACCGGAAAUGGCACCAAGAGCUUGCAUACGUCGGUAAAUGCCAGUCUCAAGAAACUGCAGACUGACUAUAUUGAUCUUCUCUACGUGCACUGGUGGGAUUUCAGCACAUCGAUCGAGGAAGUGAUGCAGGCUCUCAAUGCCCUUGUUCUUUCUGGCAAGGUGCUCUAUCUAGGAAUUUCCGAUACGCCAGCCUGGGUCGUUGCCAAGGCCAACCAGUAUGCUCGUGAUCACGGCCUUCGUCAAUUUUGUGUCUACCAGGGUCGCUGGAGUGCUGCCAACCGCGACUUUGAGCGUGAGAUCCUGCCCAUGGUCCGCGAUGAGAAGAUGGGCCUCGCACCCUGGGGCGCCCUCGGUGGCGGCAAGUUCAAGACGGAAGAACAACGCAACAGCACUGCAGGCCGCAAGGUUCAAGCAACCGAGAGGGAAAUCAAGGUCAGCAGGGCCCUUGAGGCGGUUGCAAAGCGAAAGGGCUCUAUCAUUACCUCGGUCGCUCAAGCAUACGUCACGCACAAGGCACCAUACGUGUUUCCGAUUGUUGGUGGUAGGACGGUAGAUCACCUCAAGGGUAAUAUCCAGGCUCUGACUCUCGAACUUGAUGAAGAGGACAUUCGUGAGAUCGAGGCAGCAGACUCAUUCGAUCUCGGAUUCCCGAACAACUUCCUCUGGGGCGGCGAAAAGUACCCCGAGCACCCUGGAAAGGUUUGGCUGUUGGGAAUGGGAGGCACCUAUGACUAUGUUCCCGAGCAAAAGCCCAUCAAGCCUGCCAAAUUGGAGUCCUAG